AUGUCCCAAGACGACCCACACCAGCCCCCAGAUGCCCUUCUCUUUAUCCUCCCCCUCCUCAUCGUCCUCUCCACCUUCCUCUUCAUCCUCCUUCUCUUCCUCGUAUGUGUCAUAUUCAUCCGCAGGCGCCGCGGCAUCGUCCUCCGCGACUCAGACGGCCCAGUCGACAUGUCGCGGGAGGACCUCAUAGACGCAGACGGUGGUUUCGAAGGUCUCGAGUCAAGAUGGCUCGAGUCGGUCCCAGACCUCUCUCGCAGAGCCUACUUGAGAGCCAAAGACUAUCAACUCCAAUAUCCCCCCAACUCCCAGCCAACCGACAUCACCCUCUCCCAGUUUCUCUCCAUCCAAGAGAAAGGCGUAUCAGCCUGGUCCUUUGAGCCCGACUAUGAGACUCUCAACUCUCUUCUUGUUCACGCCCGCACCGAGAUCACAUUCUUGCCCGACCCAGCCUCUGCUUCUUGCGUUCAGUCGAACCUUCCCUUGCCGAAACUCAACGAAGUUUACUACUGGGAGGUCAAGAUGUUCGAUCUUCCCGAAUCUACCAACGUCGCCGUGGGACUCGCCACUAAACCCUACCCUUCCUUCCGUCUUCCGGGUCACAGCCGACACUCGGUCGCAUAUCACUCCAAUGGCGACAAAUCCUUCAAUUAUCCCUUUACGGCCGCCACCUUUGGACCCCCAUUGAAGGAAGGCGAUGUCUUGGGCAUCGGGUAUCGCCCUCGCUCUGGCACUGUCUUCUUCACCCGAAACGGUCGCAAACUCGAGGACGCGUUUGUUGGCCUCACCCGCCACAAUCUCUUUCCCACCAUAGGCGCCGAUGGUCCCUGUAGUGUUCAUGUCAAUCUGGGCCAAGCUGGUUUCGUGUUCAUUGAGGCAAACGUCAAGAAAUGGGGCCUCGCUCCCAGUGUGGGAACUCUCGCACCCCCUCCAGCCUAUGGCAGCGAGCGAGGCAGUAUCCUUCUUGAUGUGGGCGGUGGAAAUCGGCCGCAUGAAGGAUCAUAUUUGCAGGGCAGCCCAGGCGCAUCGUCUGCCCCAAUAUCGAGGCGCUCGCACAGGUCC